UAGCAUUUACUAUUUAACGAUGAUCAAAAAUCAUUCAAAUACUUGUAAGCUUUUCGCGAAUGCUUAUAAAAAUUUAAAAACUCGAAGACAUGGCUCAACAUUAAGAAGUUUACACUCUCAAAGUCCUUCAAUAGUGGUACAGGAUGGUUAGUAUUGUUGGAUAUUAUUAUAAUGGGAUCAUACUGACAAAUUAUAGGUGCUCCCCAUAAUAAUAGGUGCCGGUGUGACCUUCAUCGCAGUAACCGUGAGUUAUAAAUCAUUUGAAUCUAAAGAAGAACACCGCUAACCAAGACCAAGGCAAGAUCAGCUCUUGUGGCAUUGUCAAAAUACAAGAGACUUUCAAAUAUAAAGAUUGCACAAAUGAAUGGGAUAAGGCUCACAGAACAUGGCUCAAAUAAUUACAUGAAAGUGAAUUCACAUCUUCGAGAAAAAUUCAAGAGGCAUCCAGGUGGGUUCAACCCAAGGCAUAUGACUGAAGGAGAAGCUUUAGACAUUUUAAAUAUAACUGGUGACGAGAUCAUGAAAUUAGACAAAGAUAUGUUAAAGAAGAAGCAUAGAGCAUUGAUGAUACAAAAUCAUCCAGACAGAGGAGGAAGUCCGUAUUUGGCUAUGAAAAUAAAUGAAGCAAAGGAGGUCCUAGAAAAGAGUUAUAUGUUCAGAAAAUGAGCAGCCCUGUUUGUUUGGCAGGUUAGAAAUGCUGAUAAAUGGUUAUAGAGAUGACAA